AAAACGGAAAUAGUUGCUCGUUGAUCUCCCUCUUUUGGGAACAGCAUGGCUGAUGUCAAGCAUGGAACAGAAACGCCAAAACAUCUCAUAAUGUCCAGUGAACUGCCCCCGGGUGGUCCAGCGACACUGAACAAACUCCCCAGCAUUAUUGCUGGAGGUCCUGCGUCAGGCCAGGGGUUUAUUCCCACGUUUGCCGACGCUUGCAAACUGGUGUCGGCGCCGUACUCGUGUCUGGUUCUAGACACGCACAGGAGACACAUCGGCCUGGCGCCCAUGUACAUAAAGAGGAAGAGGACGGGCAUACAGGAGGAGCUGGACACUGAGCUGCUGAAGUACUCCGAGAAAUUGAAAGGGGUUCCUUUGGCAUAUGACCACAUUUCGAUCCUCGGCGCCCAGGGAGACAUCUGUGACGAUAACGGCUACAUCCACAUGGACAUAGCUGCCAGCUUUGUGGUUUUCAACCCCGAACCAGGACAGAAGCUGCUGGGCAUAGUCAAUAAACUGGGGGCAAGCCAUGUUGGCUGCCUGGUGCAUGGCUGCUUCAACGCCAGCAUCCCCAAACCUAACCUGAUCUCCGUGGAUACCUGGCGAGAGAUGGGGCCGAGGAUAGGAGCAGGCCUGGAGUUUGAGGUGAACCAGAUAGACGCCGACCAAGUAGGCGUGUUACUGAUCCGAGGACGGCUAGAGCGGACCAAGGUUCAGGAGAUGCUGGCCAUGGCCGAGUGCAUGGAGUGCAUCGUCACCGACCACCAGAUGUCGCCCUCGGCCCCGGAGGCCCCUGAGGAGACGCCCAAGAAAAAGAAGAAGAAGCGAGACAAGCAGCAUGCGGUGCAGACGGAGGGUGAUGUCAGGCAGGAGCCGGACGAGGACGGAGAGGUCAGCAGGGCGGUGAAGCAGGAGGAGGAGGAGGAGUGGACGGCCCCGCGAGGAGGCGACCAAAACUUGGACGGAGCCACGGACAGUCCCCCUGCAUCUGAGAAAAAGAAGAAGAAGAAGAAGAAAAAGGAUGAGGGUCCGAAGGACGAGGGGCAGGAGCAGGCAGUGACGGUGCCGGAGCAACACGGCAGCGACUCCAGCGGUUACCUUAGCGACAAGCCCAGCAGGAAGAGGAGGCUGGAGAUGGCUGUUGAAAUAAUUCCCUGUCCCAGAGAGGAUCCCCAGAGGCCCAAGUCAAAGAAAAAGAGGAAAUCGGACGGCUAGCAGUUAGCUUGAAAUGUUCUUAAAGAAAAUCUAUAAAUGAAGGCGGGAUGCCGGCUAUACCGAUGAGAAUUGGGUCAUUUUGGUGUGCCCAUGUCUUGUAUCAAUAGUGGAUUGGACACAGUUGACAGGCCUUGUGCUACAUACUAUAAGUGGAGAAGAGGCCUGAUCUGAAAGAUGGAAUCUGUUUUUGCCACCAGAAUGUGUAGUUCUCUUAAAACUCCUUAAGGGGGUGCAAGUUUACACUCAGACUCAAGCUUGAGUUCCUAUUAUCGCAUUCCUGGUAGUAUCGGCCAGAAAUGUUUAUUAAAGGGGACAUAUUAUACCACCAGGCGUGAGUGUGAUUAACCAUACAAGCCGUUUUGAAAAAUCCGCCCCCAUCUGACAUCACUAGUGGGCGUGGCCAUCUAGAUCUGUGCUCGAUAGAUGAGCAACAUUUACUUCAGUCCACUGGAUAGACUGGUAGACUGAUCUAUCCAGCAGAGAUCUAGGUGGACACGCCCACUAGUGAUGUCAUAUGGGGCAGAUUUUCAAAACGGCUUGUAAGGCUAAUCACACUCACACCUGGUGGUAUUGUAUGUCCCCUUAAAAGUCCAUGAGGAUUGUUCAAGAAAAGCAAUAAUUCCUCCUCUCCUUAACAUCUGUCCAGUGGGCACCAAAUAUCCCCAAUGUGUGACCUGCCCCCCCUGCUCAACUGUGUUACCUUGGUAUGAGAUGAAAGGGACAUUGGGAUUUCUUAUAUUCAAAAUAAAUCAUUUUCAGCUGUCACAUGUCAUAGUCGGGAAAAUAAAAUGAUUACCAAUUUUUCAUGUGAAGAAAACGGCACAAAGUAGUUAAUAAAGAGUUUUAUUUUGAA